UUUUACAAAACUUCCUGUGGUUUUGCAUGUUUAUCAGCAGUGACAUACACCCCACACAAGUCUCAGCUAAGCUGUCAGAGUUGGAUCAGACAUUCUUCUGCAGAGGAUUCAUCAACAGCCAACAAGACAGCUUCACAAGGUCUAAAGUCAGUGAGGGAGAUGGCGACUAACUCUUUCAAUCCAAUCAAAACAACUGCUGCACCUGAUGGAAAUGGCUCUGAGAAUAGUGGCAGUAAUGGUGGGCUCAACAUCAUGUCUCUUAUAAUUUAUUCCCUGGCCUUUGUCCUCGGUGUGCUCGGGAAUGGAGUGGUUAUCUGGGUGACCGGCUUCAAGAUGAAAAAAACUGUUAACACAGUUUGGUACCUCAACCUUGCUGUGGCUGACUUCCUCUUCACUGCAUUUUUGCCCCUGAGUGUGACUUACACAGCUUUGGAUUUCCACUGGCAUUUUGGCAACUUCAUGUGCAAGCUGAACACCACCAUCAGCUUUCUGAACAUGUUUGCCAGUGUCUACAUUCUGGUGGUGAUCAGUGUGGACAGAUGUGUGUCUGUGGUGUGGCCCGUCUGUGCUCAGAACCACCGAAAUGUACGCAAGGCAUCCUAUGUGAGUCUGUGUGUUUGGGUGGUGGCUUUGAUUCUCAGUGCUCCAUACUUCAUCUUCAGGGACACUGAAAAAGACUCUGACAAAAUCUUCUGCUUCGACAACUAUGCUCUUUCUGAUGACUAUGAAACACCACCUGUGACACAGUUAUGGCAAUUUCGUUAUCAGGCCAUGAUUAUCACACGCUUCCUCCUAGGAUUUGUUGUGCCCUUCACUGUCAUUGUCUCGUGUUAUGCUGUCAUAAUUCAUCGUCUCAGAAGAAACCGCACACUGGCCAAUCAGUCAAGUCGCCCCUUUAAGAUCAUUGCUGCCAUUAUCAUCACUUUCUUUCUGUGCUGGGCUCCCUUUCACAUCAUGAGUCUAAUUGAGAUGGCAAGUCACAUGCCAGAAUAUUCAAGUAAAAUAUUAAAAGGUAUCAUUCCAAUUGGGAUGCCAAUAGCCACCAGUCUGGCCUUUCUCAACAGCUGCCUGAAUCCACUUCUGUAUGUGUUCAUGGGCCAAGAUUUUAAACAUAAAGUCCGCAAAUCCAUCCUGAAUGUGCUGGAGAGUGCCUUCAAGGAAGAGGAGACACGCAGUCACACUUACACAAAGUCAGUGGACACCAGUCAGAGCCGAGAGAGUUCAGAUUUGAAUACUGAGGUAUAAGAAACAAAAUAAUUAAGCUGUAAAGCAUAUGUCAAAUUGCUUAUGGGCUUUUCACUACCUUAAGUAUGAUUCAGAUAUGUAACUGAUGCAGUUGCACUAUGCAGACUUGCUGUUGGUAUCUUUGAUUCACAGCUGUGCAUUCAGGCUGCUUGUUUUUGAAAUUCAAAAGAAUUGUAAAAUUCCUUUUCACUAUAUUUCAUCAUUAUUAUAUUCUUACGCUCAUCUGCUUUGUAUAAUAUUCUUCUAAAAUUUUAACAAAAUGAACUCUUUGUAAAAGCUUCUAUGUCUAUGUAAAGAAUAUAAUAUAUAUACAUUUUUUCAACUUUUUCACUUCUUCUCAGCUAUGGUGGCAUCAAUAAAAGAUGACAAUGAUGAUCAUUCUUUCAUACCAUCAUUUAAAUUUUGAGAGUGUAUUUGGACUUAACUGUUUCUCCACUUAUACAUCCUGUAAUCACCACAUGUGGGCUCAAAAUAAUUUUUUAUUGUAUUGUAUAUCUAUAAAUAAAUCCUCAUAUGUGUAUCAAUUAAUCCAACAUCUAAUAAGAAACAUUUAAUGACAGCAGCUUAUCACGAUCAAAAAACAAGUAACAGAAAAUACUGAUUAUUAUAAGAUCAACCAGUUUCCAUACUAAAACGUCAUUGCACCGCCAAACAUGAAUGAGUUGCAAUUUCUAAUAACUAAAUUAAGAAAAUCAGACAAAAUGCGCUUUGUUUCUCUUUUGUGUUGACUAGACAGGAAGUGGUUAAAUCAUCUGUCAUUUAUAAGCAUAAUUAUUUUUGGUACACUUUUUAUGCCAAAGCUAUUUAUUAAAAGUAGGCAAACAAGUGAAAUAGAGGGUGAAUUAAGAGAAUACAGUGUUUAUAAGAUGACAUGUAAUUAUCCUGUGUAAAUAAAUAAACACACAGCACAAACAAAUACAUAAGAUUCACGAAACAUGUGUUUUGGACAGUUUUGUUUUCAGCACAGUUUUGUGUUCAGCCACACAGUUGCACCUGAAAGCGAAUACAAAUGCAUAUUCUCAGAGACAUUUAUUCAGAUUAAGAUAAAAUCUAGUCAAAUAAACAUAAAUAUAAAUGGAAUAAAAUGAACCUUGAAUAUAUUAAUUCACUUUGUAGUUGUUAGGUUUUUGUAAUGUUGAUUGUCAUUUAUGCUUAGGAAUAUUUAACCAUAUAUGC